UACAAAGUUUGUUUGGCUCUUUCCAGUGAAGACAACUACUACUAAGGAGACAUUAAGUAAGUUACUUAUUCAUCAGCAGACUUUUGGAAACCCAGAUCGAAUUAUAUCAGAUAGAGGAACGGCUUUUACUAGCAAGGAGUUUGAUGACUAUUGUAAAGAUGAGAAUAUCCAACAUAUUGUUAUCACCACUGGAGUACCCAGAGGAAAUGGGCAGGUAGAAAGGAUUCAUCGUACUUUGGUGUCAGUCUUAACGAAACUGUGCAUAGAGGAUAAAAGUCAGUGGUAUAAGCAUGUGAGUAGAGUUCAAAGGGCUCUAAAUAGUACUUAUCAAAGAAGUAUAGGAACCAGUCCUUAUGAGUUAAUGGUGGGUGUAAAAAUGAAACAAAAAGAGGAUUUAAAUAUUUUUAGUUUAUUACUAGAAGAAAGUAGAGACGAAUUUGUGACAAAUAGAGAAGAAACGAGAGAACAGGCUAAGAUACAAAUUUUAAAAGUACAAGAUGAAAAUCGGCGAAAUUAUAACAAAAAACGCAAGGAAAGCCUUAAACAUAAUAUUGGUGACUAUGUAGUAAUCAAGAGAACCCAAUUUGGUACUAAUAUGAAAUUAAAGCAAAGGUAUUUAGGACCUUAUAAAGUUGUUAAAGUCAAUGGCAGAGACCGCUAUGAUGUACUGAAGGUCGAUAUUGCUUCUGAGGGACCUAUGAGGACGUCCACUUCAGCAGACUAUAUGAAGAGGUGGCCAGAGGUUAGUUCUUGAAACUCAUUUACUUACCAAAUUAUUGUAAUUUUCCAAUUAAGUUGAUGGCUGACCUUGUGAGGCAUUAGUAUUAGCUUAUGGUGAAGAUAAAGGAUUAUUUGAUUGUACCUAUUUUAGUACUUAGUUUAUAUUGUAUUUGAUUAUAGGAGUAUAGGUACUGUACCAGUUGUAUUUUUUUUCUUUGUGUAUUAUUAUUAUUUUUUGUACUGUGUAAUAUGUUAAAGUUGUGUAACUAUGUUAUAAGAAGGGUCAUGUUUUAAUUUAAGGUGUUUAGUUGUAUUUUCAUUCUAUAUUUUGCUUUAGUGUGUAGUAGGUGUGUAUGAAAAG